CUGACGUCCACUCGCCGUCCACACAAUAUUUUCUCGCUGGACUGCUCACUUCAUCGCUCCGGGCACAAUGCUCAUAGUAUUGGGAACUCGUGGCGAGAUUAAAGUUAAUCACAUGGACGACGACGCCAUUCAUACAGAGCCUGUUGACGAGUUGGCGACGGCAGCCGCACCUGUUGAUGCCCCGGUACCAUUCAAUAAGUCCACUGCAGACGUUAUCCUGCGUUCCUCAGAUGGCGUGGACUUCCGCGUGAAGAAAGCGAUCAUCGCGGAGGCAUCCACUUUCUUCGAGAGCUUGUUUACUCUGCCUCGACUGCAGGCGGCUAGCGAUGAAUAUAGGGACGGCCUGCCCGUCAUCCCGAUGACAGAAGACAAGAACACGCUCGAAAAGCUGCUGCGCAUAUUUUAUCCUGUCCGCGAUCCGGACAUCGACCUACACGAGAUCGCGCCGCUCCUGGACGCUGCCAGGAAGUAUGACAUAGACGUCGUAAUGGAUGUCAUAAUGCGCAAACUCGAGGCGUCGUAUGCGAAGACAGCACCCCUCAAGGCAUAUGCAGUUGCCGUCCACUUCCAUCUCACUUCGGAAGCCGUGGAAGCCGCUAGGUACUACCUAGAUGAAGAAAUGGAGCAUGUCCCCCUGCCUGAGUUCGACAAUAUCAGCGCAUCUGCGUAUAUCCGGCUUCUCAAUUAUCACGCGAAGUGUGGCGAGGCAGCCAGUGGCCUAGCCAAGAAGUUUCGUUGGAUCGAUUCAAGUGACGAUUGGGUGUGGUUUGAAUGUACCAGCUGCCCAGGAGCUUCUAUGCGAUGGUACCUCAAAUCGAACGAACUGCGGACACCCCGGACUUGGUGGUUGCAGCACAUGGAGCGCUCUGCAGACUUGCUGAAAGAGACCCAGCAGCAUGGCAAUCUCUGCUCCGGAAUGGUGUGA